UUGCUAAUUUGCUUUUUAUGAUUUGUAGGUUCCUGACCAGGGCAUCUCAACUGUUCGGUAGGAAGAAAAGGGAAGUGUCUGAUGUUGUGGCUCGGCAAGCGAAGGAGAUUGAAAAAUUAAAAGCCGAAGUCCAAUCCCUUAAGCAGCAGAGGAACGCUGCCGAACAAGAGGAAGAAGGAGAGGUGGCUGGUGAGGCGUAUGUUCCACAACCAUACGCUCCUCAGGAUGAGGUACAACCACAAAUUUAUGCUGAGGAGUUUAUUUCCCUCAACGACCAAGGUAUCCUAUACAAUUUUGAUGACCAUGCGACCCUUAAUCAGCAAGUACAUCUCUGCUCUGACAACAUCGACAAUAUUGUGGCCCGAGGGUAUUUGUACGAGCAUGUGGGUACGAUCAAAGUUCACUGCCAGGAUUACGAUGAUUCACAUGCCCGGAUCAUGGUUUCGGAAAUCCUGCAAGAGGACGCUGAAAUCCCAGUCCCAAUUGAAGAGUGCAGAUAUGUUAGGGACGUAUGCCAGAUGUUCCUUCCUUGGCCUAAACACUUAAUUUUAACAACCGAGGGUCCACUCGCUCAACCGCCCUCAAGACGUGAUGCGUCAAAGGGGAAAGCUCCGAUGCUUUCUCCACAAGGCCGUGGUGCACGGGAAGAUGACUUGUUCACGGAAGAGAAGAUGGCGUUGAUCCCUAAUUUGCUAAAAUGGAUGAUUCAUGAAUUCCUAAGGCUCAAAGAUAAACGUGAUAUAAUCACAAUUCCUGUCCCCCGAGGAUUCAUUGCACCGCGUACCCAGAUCACAUUAUCUGGAGAGGAUUUGCAGCAGGUUGCUACGUGUGACUACAUCGGCAACCAGGGAAUGCUGUUUGGAAUGAUGUAUACUCUUCUUUAAUCUAAUUAACCUUAUAUCAAAUUAUAGUUAAAUUAUUAUAAGACACUAACACUUUUUUUGGCAGGCACAUAUGGGAGAGCAUCAACGGUCUGAGAAAAAUUUUCAAGUUUUACGACCCAGAACU